AUGCGUCUUGGGUAUAGCAAAGUCCACAUCUUUUGUUCAUUUUGUUUAUUUGUUUUGGUGCCCUUUCGCUGUUUCCAUCUUGGGACGUUGAGCGUAUGAGAGUCAUACUAUGAAAACUUGGAAGCCAUGAUUGAUGGUCUGCAGAUCCUCCCUGUCCAGAACUCUGCCUCUUGGGGGCCAAAACUGAGGAUCCUAGAUUUAAGGCAGGACGUGGACUGUGGGACAACAUGCUUGGAGAUCAAGACCGCAUUCCCUUUCUGUUUUCAGCCUUGUGUUUAUUCUCAGCACUCUAUCCUUAAAAGAGAAGAAGCCCAGCAUAGUGUCAGGUGCCUUGGAAUUGUUAAUUCAGAGUCUGAGCUUCAGUCAGCCUGGGAACCCAGGGAAUUAUUAGUGGACCUUUCCCUCAAUGAUACCUUGAGAACAAAGCAAUUUAUUUCUUUCCUUCGGAGUAAGGUUGAGCAGAGCUUUGAGUCCCUGCACCUCUGCUGCAGACAUUUGCAAAUCGAUAAACUUUCUGCCCACAAAAGUCUCCUGCAGUUUCUGGAUCUGGGAUUCACUGAUCAUGUGGAAGUGGAUCGGGCUUAUCUGAGUGGAGUCACCACCCUUUUGGCUUGGACCAUCCACCUAAACAGCCUUAGUCUGUCUAACAUCCCCUCUAAAUCUUGUAAGGGGAGAAACUUCAGGAUGUUUCUCAUCUGGCUUGGGCAGCUGGACAACCUCCAGGAGCUCAGCUUGGCAUUCUUCCGCAUCACAGAUCAACUGCACAAACUGCUCAGAGUUCUGCCACCUCAGUUGGAUACAUUGUGUCUAUCUUUCUGUGGCCUUUCUAACAGAGAUGCCACUGUCCUGUCCCAGAGCUCUCAGGCGAGCCACCUAAGGCUGUUGAAUCUCAGUAACAACCAGAUAUUCUCGGAAGAUUAUGAGCCCUUCCAGACUCUGCUGGAGAAGGUCUCAGGCACCCUGCAGCAUCUGGAGAUACAUAAUUGCCUGAUGACUGAUUCUACUCUCUCUGCUGUCAUCCCAGCCCUGAGCCACUGUUCCCAUCUCCGUGUCCUUAGCUUUGCCUUCAACCCCAUUACAAUGCCUGUGCUCACGAGCCUUCUGCAGCACUUAACAUCCUUGACGGAGCUGAAGCGUGUAGUUUAUCCCAUCCCUGUCCAUUGCUAUGAACAAUGGAAUUCUCUUGGCAGUUUGGACCCAGAGAAACUUGCAGAAGGGCAGGCCCAAUUGAAGGCAAUGCUGCAGGCAGUUCAGCAGAAUCACAUGAACUGGACCACUUGUCCUGAGUGAUUUCCACGGUACAGGGAGUUGUUUCAACACUGAUAUGUGGCCGUUAAAGCACUCAGUGUUUUGCCUGAAGCUCAAGUUUGUGGAGACACAUAUAUAAAAUUCUACUGUUCCAGGAAACUGGGGUUAGGAAGAUUGAAUAUGUAACUGACCUCUAUGAAAGAGGAACUCUGAAAAAAAAUGGAGGAAUUUGAAAGGUCCUGUGGAUCUCUUGUCCCUGGCCUUUGACAUCCUCUUCUGGUUACUAACCACAGUGUUGGGUAUGUGAUGUAAGCUAACCCAGUCACGGUACGUCACUUCCCUGUCCACACUGACUGGUCCAUUUACCCACUUAUGGGCACUUGACACAAGUCAGAUCAAUUGAAACUCUUCCUGGAUGUGGUAGUUGUUGAAGCCAAUAAUUUUGCCCUCUAGGGUUCUGCAAACGUCUUGUAUUAUGAUUGCCUUAGGUUGCUUAUGAGAAACCAAAUGCAAGUAAAAGGAAACAAACCAUGCCUGCUACCUACUGGUGUCUUCAUCAACAUGUUGCUACCUGCUUUCUCGGCUCGGAGACCCCUGGCUCAGUUUUUCCUUAUUUCACACACAUUCACCAAGUAUCUGUUGUGAUUUAGGUACUGUUUCAGGUGCUAAGAAAAAUAAAUUCCCUGCUCUCAAACCACCCAGAGUACACAUGUUCCUGUGAUUUGUCAGUUUCUCCACUCUUUCUUAGGACAUUUAGGAAAAUUAUUUAUUCCCCAAAACCCCUGGGUUUUUUUUCGCUUUUUCCCUUAUAUAUUCUGCUGAAUCCAUGUUGGCCUCUUGUUGCUGUUGGAUAGCUGCUCGACCCUCAGGUCAUGGCUUAAAUGUUAGUUCCUCAGAUAGGUUUUCUCUUACUUCCCUGUUUAAGUAGCUUUACUCUGCUGUUGCUCUCUCUCAAUGGACCACGUACGUUUCCUUCAUGGUACACACCAUUCAUUAUGUAUUUGCUCCCUCUGCUAUUCCACUAGAGUUGCACUGUUCAGUGUGGUACACACUAGCCAUACGUGGCUACUAAGCAGUAGAAGUUUGGCUGCUCUGAGAUGUGAUGUAUUCUAAGUGUUAAAUGCGCACUGUAUGUCCCAGACUUAGUAAGAAACAAAGGAUGUAGAAUCACUGGUAACUUACUCACAUUGUUUACAUGUUAAGAUGAUAACACACUGCAUGUCAAAGACUGUAAAGAAGAAAGAAUGUAAAUUCACUUGUUUAUAUUGUUUAUAUGUUGAAACGAUAGCAUUACAUUUCAAAGAAUUUUAAGAAAAAACAUUAAAAUAACUAAUUAAUGUUUACAUGUCAAAAUGAUAAAACAUUGCAUUUCAAAGACCUAUUGAGAAAAAAGAAUGUAAAAUUAAUAGUUUUUUCCUAUUGCUUACAUGUUGAACCGAUAACAUACUGAAUUUCAAUGACUUAGUAACCAAAAAAGAAUGGAAAAUAAUUAAUAGUUUGUAUAUAGUCUUUCCUUGUUUAAAUGAAAACAGACUGCAUUUUAAAGACUUAGUAAGAAAGAAGAAUGCAAAAGUAAUUAAUGAUAUGUUUAUAUUGUUUCCAUGUUGAAAUAACACACUCAUUUCAAAAACUCAGUAAACAAAUAAUUAAAAAAUUUUUUUUCUUGUUGCUUACACCUUGAAAUGAUACCAAACUGCAUUUCAAAGACUUAGAGAAAAGAAUGUAAAAAUCAAUCAUUAAUGUAGUUAAUAAUUUGUUCUUAUUAUUUCCAUUUUGCGAUAACACACUGCAUUUCUGA